UGCUGGGAAACGCUUGCCACGUGACUUGUCACUGUUUCUAUUUGUGAGCUGGGGGUCUGAAUGGUUUGUACUCACCGUGACUGUCGCACAGGCACUUGGACGCGUGCUUUUCAGAACACUUCACGUGAAAAGAAGCCGCUCGUCUUGGAUAUUACCUCAGUCCUUUGGGAUUGUUCUUCGCCCACACAUCUAAGUUGUUGUUGUUUACGUCUCAGUCAGAUGGGAAGACUAGUGUUGGAUAUCUUUUGAGGAUAUCCAGGAAUCUUUCUUUGCCUUGGCAAGAGGGAAGAUCAUUUUUAUGUUUUGAAGGUUUGGUGAGCAGCUGAGGCACACAACUCAACUGCUGCUGCCACUGCUGCGGUGACUAAGGUUUAGAAGCAUCCGAGAAGCCCCAGGGGUUCUACCCAGAGAUUUGCGACCGGCUGAUUUCUUACAGCGUAACUACAGCUGCAGCCUUGCCUUGCCAUUGCCAAGUUUGGGGAUAGGAGAGACUUUAAAACAGCACAUACACACUGUGCACACACGCACACACACAUAUAUAAAAGUACUCCCUCUGGUUGCUGAUCAGUCAAGUUUUCCAGAAGUUUCAAGAGUUUUCCAGAGAUCUCCCAGCUCACUGCAGCCCCUUACCUGGACUCUACACUUCCUAAACAGCCAGAGUUUCAGCAGCCAUGUUUCUGAGCACGCUAAAGGACCUUGGGCGGCAGCUGCUGCGGGUGAAAGUGGUGGACUGUAGUGCCACCGAGUCGCGACUGGCACGCUGCCUCAACACCUUUGACCUGGUGGCCCUGGGCGUGGGCAGCACGCUGGGUGCCGGGGUGUACGUCCUGGCCGGCGCCGUGGCACGGGAGAACUCGGGCCCCGCCAUCGUGCUGUCCUUCCUGAUCGCCGCUCUGGCGUCCGUCAUGGCGGGCCUUUGCUACGCCGAGUUUGGGGCGCGGGUGCCCAAGACCGGCUCGGCUUAUCUGUACAGCUAUGUGACUGUGGGGGAGCUUUGGGCCUUCAUCACCGGCUGGAACCUCAUCCUCUCUUACAUCAUCGGGACAUCUAGCGUGGCCCGAGCCUGGAGCGCUACGUUUGAUGGCCUGAUUGGGAACCACAUUGAGAAGUUCUGUAAGCAGUACAUGAAUAUGAAGGCUGAGGGAAUACUGGCCGAGUAUCCAGAUAUGUUCGCCGUACUUAUCAUCAUCACUUUAACUGGUUUGCUUGCUUUUGGGGUAAAGGAGUCGGCCAUGGUCAACAAGGUGUUCACCUGCGUCAACGUGCUGGUGCUGCUCUUUGUGGUCGUGUCAGGCCUGGUCAAGGGAACCUUGAAGAACUGGAACAUUGAUCCUGAAGAAGUACUCCAUUAUAAUGGCAGUGGCACAUAUAAUCUCAGUGAGACAUUGCCAACACCGGCGGAGGUUGGCGCAGGUGGCUUCAUGCCUUUCGGGGUCAAAGGGGUCCUCUCUGGCGCUGCCACCUGCUUCUAUGCCUUUGUGGGCUUCGACUGCAUAGCCACUACUGGAGAGGAGGUGAAGAACCCACAGAGGGCCAUCCCCAUCGGUAUCGUGGCCUCCCUGCUCAUCUGUUUCCUGGCCUACUUCGGGGUGUCGGCCGCCCUCACCAUGAUGAUGCCCUACUACCUGCUGGACAAGAACAGCCCUCUGCCUCUGGCCUUCACAUACGUCGGCUGGAACGGUGCCACCUAUGCGGUGGCCGUAGGGUCUCUGUGUGCCCUCUCCACCAGUUUACUCGGCUCCAUGUUCCCAAUGCCCAGGGUGAUCUGGGCCAUGGCGGAGGAUGGCCUGCUCUUUAAGUUUUUGGCUAAUAUCAGUCCCAGAACCAAAACCCCCAUAAUCGCUACGCUAACCUCUGGAACCGUGGCAGCUAUCAUGGCGUUCCUGUUUGACCUGAAGGCCCUGGUGGACCUCAUGUCCAUUGGCACUCUGUUGGCGUACACGUUGGUGGCAGCCUGUGUCCUGGUGCUCAGGUACCAGCCAAAUCAGCCCAGCUGUGUUCUGCCCUACCAGGCUGCUUCCCAGGAAGAGGCAGAGAUGGAGGCCGACUCCAACAUGGAGUCCAACUCGGGGUUCCUGCCUGCGCAGGAACGCUUCUGUAUGCAGAACGUUCUCUUUCCAAAGAACACGGAACCGUCUCGUCUCUCCGGCUCUGUGGUUAACAUCGCCACCAGUGUGCUAGGCCUCCUGGUGUGUGUGUUCUGUGUGGUUGCUGCCCAGGAAACCGUGCUGGCAAUCUGGUCCCUGCUGCUCCUCGUAGUCCUGGCAGUGGUGUGUCUGCUCAUCACCGUGGUGAUUGGAAGACAACCACAGAGCAAAACCAAGCUCUCCUUUAAGGUGCCCCUUUUGCCUGUCCUGCCCGUCGUCAGCAUGUUCAUCAACGUCUACCUCAUGAUGCAGCUGGGCCGCGGCACCUGGAUUAGGUUCGUCAUCUGGAUGAUUCUGGGAUUCAUUAUUUACUUUGGCUACGGCAUUUGGAACAGCACAGAAGCUGCCCUGGCAAAGUCCAAUGCAACCGCUGAUAUCACGAGCUUCAAGGACCUGAUGAACGGCCAUGCCACGACUCCAGAGAAGACGGCCUUUCUCGGCAAAGGAGCUGACGCUCAAGGCGAAGAAGAAGAAGAAGAUAGCGAUCCUUAAAUACUUCAGGCUGUGUUACGUCAUCCUGCCGGACUGGUAUGUUGUGUAAAGUAAAGGGAUACCAGAUUAGCCGCCAGGUUAACCUGCACCAUCAUACCAUGACACCUUGUUAGCUUUUCCUUUCCCCCACUCAGUGUCAAGAGCAAUUGGAAUUAACACAAGCCAGCACAAAAGGACAUUUGAACAGUAACGCUUCAUAGCAGUCUCUGCCGCUGGGAACGGAUAUUCUUAUUGUCAUCGCAGCUGAAAAGGGCCCAGGUUUCAGAGGGGUCUACUUAGCGCUGUCCACAGUCCAUCGCUGUGACUUACCAUCAGAGUAUAACUUAUGACCUGUGAGACAACAAAGAGCUGACCAGCAUUGUAGAACCGAUAAGUGCAUAGUUAAAUGCACCCCCUUCAGGGACAACUGCUGCUCUAGAAUAAGUAUAAUAAUUACAAUAGUUAGAGCACAGUGCUCUAGAAGUAAGUUAAAGGUGCAGUUGCAGUAUGUAGGAAUUUGGGUGAUCUAUUAGCAGCAACAGACUAUGGUACUCGUUACUGUUUUCAUUACUGUAUAAUCACCUGUAAUUACGAAUCAGGUUUUCUUUAGCUUAGAAUAUCUACAUAGGGAGCGGGUCCUCUUCCAUGGAGUGCGCCUUGUUGCGCCACCAUGUUCAUACAGUAGCUCAGAAUGGAGAAACCCACACACUGGCACUAGAGAGGGCCUUUCGGGUUUUUCAUGGCACCUGACGACCACCGUAGCUUCUCCUACAUGCUUGGAAAGGGAGAGGUAUUCAGUUGGUUGCAAUAUGCAGCCUCACCACUAGAUGCCUCAAAAUACUACAUACCGUACCCUCAGAAAAUAUAUACCAUUUUGACUAUUACAUUUGUAUUACAUAUAGAGUAAAUCCCAAUAUUGUCAAAAUUGAAGACGCCCCUUCACAGAUACAUACACCUUUUGGUUUCCCUACAGCCCUACAACCCUGAGGUGCAUUGUUACAAGGACCUGCAGGAUAGAAGUGUUGAAGUUACGCAGGUUUUUUUUACUUUUAUACUGUGGCCACAGUGACAGAUCAUCUAACCACCAUUGCUGCCCUCUAGUGGUGCUCAUGUAUAUAACAGCGAGAGUGGACCUUUGGAGCCCUCUAUAUUUUGUAAAGUUUCAGAAUUGUUACUUAUGGUGAAUGGUUUAACCUAGAACCAUGAUCCUAUUUUGUAAUACACAAAUGGAAGGCUUUAUCAUUGUCUCUAGCAGUAUUUCCAUGUUUGUCCUUCCCAUGAUAACACACGAAAAUAUCCAUGUGAAGCAGAUGGAUUUUUAGUAUAAAUGUACCUAAGUGACCGUGCUCUCGGACAUCUGAGUUCUAAACUGUGCCUCCACCUACUGGUGUUGCUGAUGCAUCUUCCCAACUAGAGUAUUUGAUUCCAUGAAUUCAAGAGUUCUAGUGCAAUCGCCAUGUCCUAUACAUUGAGAGAAUGUACCAAGUUUAUAGGGAUGUCUUAUUGUCAUUAAUGCACAAUGGAGAAUUGAAAAAUGGAUUCAUGUUUAUACAGAUAUGUAUUCCUGUGUAUAUCACCUAAAUUAUUUUGAUUAAUUUUAAAGUUUGUAUAAGUUUUUCAGUUGGGUUGAGAGCCAGCCAGUCAUUCACUCUGAGAGCCUGGACCUAGAAAAUAAUAUUAUUUGGUACCUGACAGAAGGACCUUGGUCGCCCAUACAUAGAUACUACUGUGGUUCAGCUGCUAGCCUUCACAGGGUUAUUUCAAAGAAGCAAGAUCUAUAUAAUUGUGAGGUCAAGGUACUUUCUGGCAUUCUGUGAUACCCUUCCAACACUUGCUACAGUUUUCUCUUGGAAGUGUUGUAAAUGUAUAUGAUGUGUGUGUAUGUGCUGCCUGUGCUGUCUGUAUCUUGCCUCAGCUUUACCUUUGCACUUAUGGUGAACCUGGAGAUUUGUGUGGCCAAUCUGUCCUAGUGACAAGGUCAAGUUUCCGGCCAUUUGAUUGAUUGUUGCCCAGCUGUGCCUUCAUUUUCUUUUAGUUUGUUGUCAAGCCGAGUUGUGAUUUUUAUUUAAAUUUUUUUCUUACUGUUCUACAAGAGUCACAUCUUUGCAUGGCAAAGAGUUGUAUUAGUCUCAGUAAUACUCUUUACAACAUGCUUGAAUUGGUUGUUAGCAUCUGAAUGCUUUUUU